AUGGCGUCCGCCAGCGACGGCGACGCCAUCUUUGUUCUCACUGACGCCGACGGUGGGAAACACGAGGUCCAAGUCCACUCGAUCGUCCUCAAGCUCGCGUCCAAGGUCUUUGCUGCGAUGUUUGGACCUCACUUCAGCGAGGGCCAGGACCUGAACUCCAACAGUCCCAAGAGGGUCGAAAUGCCUGACGAUGAGCCGGAAGCAAUGAAGUUGCUUUGCGAUGCACUGCACCAUCGCCUAGAAGAUACGCUCACCGCACCACGCGGGAGUUUACUUGACCACGUCGUGAAGUUAGUCGACAAAUACGACUGUUCUGCGGCCAUGAUGGGAAUCAGUACCGUUUGGAUGUAUAAAUUGAUCGAAGAUGCAAAAUACAUGGAUUAUGAGGGCUGGGAAAGGCUUCUUCCUGUGGCAUACCUUUUCAACAACGCCCAGAGUUUCUAUGAAGUCACCAAAGGUCUAGUAUAUCACUACGAUGGCUUCUUUUCCAGCAUCGAACACGAAAUGAUGGACUGCCUCCCUACGGGAGUUCUCGGUAAGGAUCAGUUUGACUUGUUCUAUUUUUUGGAUGAUUUUCUUACAUACGAGCUUAACUGA